AUGGGGACACCACCCAAAUCCCGCGUCACCGCGUCGUCGUCCAGCUCCCGCAGCUCGGGCGUCGAGUGCAUCGUCGCAGGCGUCGUGUCGGGCUGCGUCACGCGCUCGUGCACGUCGCCCCUGGACGUGCUCAAGAUUGUGAUCCAAGUGAAUGGCCCCACGUCGACAUCUGCCGCGCCGUCCAUGCUCGUCGCUAGCCGUGCGAUCGCGUCGCGUCCAUCGACGUCCUCGGCCAUUGCACGCACAGUCCGUGAAUUGUACGCACUCGACGGCGUGCGUGCAUUCUGGCGCGGCAACAGCGCGGGCUGCUGUCGUCUUGGGCCGUACGCGGGUUUGAAAUUCUACCUCUUUGACUCGCUUCAGACCCGUUUUGGAGCAAACGAUGGCCACGGACUCUGUACCAUGCAGCGCGCUCUCUGUGGCGCUGUGGCUGGUCUGAUUGCGACAAUGGGAACGUACCCGUUGGAGGUCGUGCGUACCCGCAUGAUCCUACAGACGACAGCGCCUACAGGUGCGACCUACGAGAUCCGUGGGGUUCUGCAGGGCGUGCAGCUGAUUCUAAGACGAGAGGGACUGCGUGGCCUCUACCGCGGCGGGUGGUCGGGCGUCAUGGGUGCGAUUCCGUUCGAGGGUGUGCAAUUUGGCUGCUACGAGUACCUGAAGGCGAGUGCGGUGCACCAUCAAUGGCCCGCGUAUCGCUGGCCAGAGGGGAAGACCGAGAUGGACGGGCUCGACUUUUUCGUCUGCGGGAGCGUCUCGGGCGCGAUUGCGCAGACAGUGGCGUACCCGUUCGAUACGGUAAAGAAGCGACUGCAGUCCCAGCGAGUGCGCGUGGCGGCUGAAGCAGACAGUGCGUCGACGCUGUACUACCGAGGGAUGGUCGACUGUUUCCGCAAAGUCAUUCGUGACGAAGGGCCGUUGGCGCUGUACCGCGGCACGGGCCCGAACCUCGCGCGCAUUGUGCCGUACGCUGCCGUCAUGUUCUCGACGUAUGAGACGACGAAAAAGACGUUGCGGUUGAUGAGUGAGAGCGCGUGA